AUGGUUGCUGCUGCAUCCAUUUCAAUGAAUAAUCACGUGCGAACCAUUCUUUUCGGAAAACAAGGUUUAGUUAUCCAAAUAAUGCAAAAUUCUAUCGAAAAUCUUGCCCAAUUUCCAAGUUUGAUAUCUCAAACUUCCACUUUUACUAGUAUCACCCCAAAUUUUAUAGCAAGUGAUGCAGGAGCAAUAGCAUUAUUAAAUCGAACAGUCUUGUCUUCUUCAUUAUUGGGUUCUAGUGGAGUGGUUUCUGCUUCUCUUACCAUAUCUUCAUCUGGAUCUACAUAUCAAAUUUCACUUUGGAACGAUGACUUUAUAAAAACGUGUUCGUCUAAUAUCCAAGUAAACUUGACGUUCACAUGGGCUUGCUCUCACCCUUCUAGCUCCACUCCUAUUGUGUUCAGCCUCCAAUCUCUUGAUGGUGAAACUGUGCCAUCUUGGGUGUAUCUAGAUGCCCAGAAUGAAGUGCUGACUCUGAACAAAACUCCGAAUGUGUCUCAGAACACAUUGUACAAAUUCGCACUUUUAAUUGACGAUGGAAGCGUGUCAGAACAGAAGAAGUUUUACAUAACCGUCCAACAAUGAGAAAUCGCCAACUGCAAGAGUUGACAGGUUGAAGACUCUAACAAAUGAAGUGAGUGUGAUGUUGGUCAUGAACUCAGUGAAGGUAAAGAUAAAGAUAAAUGAGUUGAAAAGAUUAGUACAUCUGAUGCAGAUGCAGAUGCAAAAGCAGAAUCUAUCAUUGGUCAAUCGGUCGUUGCGAUUUGAGUUGGUAUAUCCCUUUUAGCUGCAAUAGCAACCAUGAGUUCUCCAGUUGGAAUGUUCAGCUUGAUUAACCAGUUUCAGCUGUACAUUCUGCUUCCAUUGCUUCCUCCAUAUUUCCCAUCCAAAGUCACCCAGUUUAUUCUGGGAGUAGACUUUACGUUUAUUUCUUUUGAUUUCAUUCCGAUAGAAGAUAUCCCACUUGUCAAAAAAAUACAGGACUUGGUUGACUACCCUCAAGGUGACUAUUAUUUAGGAGAAGUCGGACUGACCUCAAGCAGCUCAAUUGUAAACUAUUUGCCUAUGAUGGUGUUUCUAUUAAUGAUCGGAGCUUUUCAUUUGCUUAUCUUGGUAUUCCAAACACUUUUACAAAAUAAAGAUGAGAAAAACAAAUGUCGAAUCAUAAUGUCAAAGAUAUUUAGAUACAUGACGUUCAGCUUCUACAUCAGACUUUUCAUGGAGAAUUCCUUGUUCCAGUUCAUGUCGACUGCCCACGAGUUCAAGAUCUUCAAGUUUAAUUCAACUGUAGCCCUGGUAUCUCUCGUGUUCUGCUUUGCAUUUGCUCUUUGCAUGUCGGUCUUCAUCAUCCUCAUUAUGUUAUCCUACAUUUACAGUCUGAGGAACAUGCACUCUGAAUUCUCCAGCCACUGGAUGACUGCAGAGUUGUACUCAGGAAUCAAAGCCAAGAAGUGGCCCAAGGCUAAUAGUUUGUGUUUUGUUGUUAUAAGACUCCUAUCUGUGAUCAUUCUUGUUGGAUUUCAAAAUACUGAUAUCGAGCGCUCGGAUGGCCAAGUAGAUGGUGUCAACUUUGUGUACUAUAUCAAGCUCAGCCUCUUCUUGGCUCUUCACAUUGCUUUAUUAGCAUUUCUGAUCUCAGUGAGGCCAUAUGAUUCAGCUGUAAACAACCUUAUUGAAUCCCUGAACCAGGUCAACUUUAUUUUUGCAGUUACAACUUUAAUAUUUCUGAAAUUUGAGCAAGACUGGUCAACUAGCAAAGAAAGCAUGUUCAUUCAAAUGUUGCUUUUGAGCCCAAUGUUGGGAGUCUGAAUCAACUUGAUUGUAUUAGUCUUUAUUUUGUGUAAGAAAUGAAGAGCAAGAACAAGGAGUAAACUUCAAAAACUUGCUCCACAGAUUAAAACACCUCAAAAUUUCAACCAAAGAGAAAGCUCAGUUUGCCAGCAAUCUGGUGUAAAAUUCAAGGAAGAGUACAAAGGAAAAUUUGCUUAAUUUGCUUAUAUCCAAUCUUAACUGAA